AUGGAGCUGCAGCAGGACGCGCUGGACGAGGCCUUCCGCCGCCACAAGCAGUACUUCCAGACCUUCCUGGAGAGCGACGCGGGCUAUGGCAACUACUCGGAGAAGCUGCGCAGCAUGAUGCACCACAAGAGCACGCGGCUCGUCGUGGACCUGAACGACCUGCGCGAGUACGACGGCUCGUUCACGGACGCGGCCGUGGGCGCGCAGGACAACAUCGUGAACCGCCUGCUGCGCAACCCGGCCGAGUUCGUGCCGCCCUUCGAGGAGGCCGUCAAGGAGCUCGUCUUCAACAUGGACAGCAUGUACGGCAGCAAGGAGGCGGAGAACACCAAGGACAUGCAGUUCCACGUGGGCUUCGAGGGCGACUUCGGCCACCACAACGUCAACCCGAGGGGCCUCCUGGCCUCGUACCUCACACAGAUGGUGUGCGUGCACGGCAUCGUGACCAAGUGCUCGGCCGUGCGCCCCAAGGUCGUGCGCUCCGUGCACUACUGCAAGGAGACGAACGCUAUUCUGUCCAGGGAGUACAGGGACAACACGUCUAUCACAGGAGCACCCACGUCCAGCGUCUACCCGACCAAGGACGAGAACGGCAACUUGCUCGAGACCGAGUUUGGCCUCUCGCAGUACAAGGACUACCAGAUGAUCAGCAUGCAGGAAACCCCCGAGACGGCGCCGCUGGGACAGUUGCCCAGGUCGUGUGAGGUUAUUGUGGAGAACGACAUUGUGGACAAGUGCAAGCCUGGUGACAGAAUUCGGGUCGUGGGCAUUUACCGCCCGCUUGGCAGCAACAGCACGGCCUCGUCGACUGCAGUUUUCAGGACGGUGCUGAUCGCCAACAACGUGCAGCUGAUGGGCAAGGAGGUGAACGGCAUUGUGAUGUCGUCGGACGACCUCGUGAACGUCCGAGAGUUCGCUAAGCGCCAGGACGCGUUCGACAUGCUGUCUCGCUCCAUCGCGCCGUCCAUUUACGGCCACGCUGAGAUCAAACAGGCACUUCUGCUGCAGCUGCUAGGUGGUGUGGAGAAGAACCUCGAGAACGGCACGCAUCUUCGUGGUGAUAUCAACAUCUUGAUGGUGGGUGAUCCUUCGACGGCCAAGUCUCAGCUGCUUCGCUUUGUCCGGACGAUCGCGCCUCUGGCCGUCAACACCACGGGUCGGGGUUCGUCCGGUGUCGGUUUGACGGCUGCUGUAACCAUCGACCCCGACACGAAGGAACGUCGUCUGGAGGCUGGUGCUAUGGUGCUGGCUGACCGAGGCAUCGUGUGCAUUGAUGAGUUCGACAAGAUGAGUGAAGCGGAUCGUGUGGCUAUUCACGAAGUCAUGGAGCAGCAAACUGUGACCAUCGCCAAGGCUGGUAUCCACGCCACUCUGAACGCGCGUUGCAGUGUGCUGGCUGCUGCUAACCCAGUCUACGGCCAGUACAACAAGAACAAAAAACCUCAGGAGAACAUCGGUCUGCCGGACUCGCUUCUGUCGCGUUUUGACUUGCUGUUCGUUGUGCUCGACCGUCUGGACCGUGGUGCUGACCGCAACAUCUCGGACCACGUGCUGCGCAUGCACAGGUAUACUCGUCCCGGCCAGGAGGGUGUUCCCCUUUCGUUCGAGGUGAGCUCCACAGAUCACAUGGCGCUGCUCAGCGACGCCAAUGGUGAAAACUCGGGCGAAGCGAAGAAGUCCAUUUUCCAGAAGUUCGACCCGCUGCUGCACGGCGGGUACCAGUCCUCGUCAUACGAAGGCAGCGGCAACGGCAUCCUCACGCUUGAUUUCCUCAAGAAGUACAUUUAUUACGCGAAGACGCGCUACCAGCCCGUACUGACGGACGGCGCGAUCGAGCUCAUCUCGGAAGGUUACGCGGAGCUGCGCUCCCAGCAGAACGCACGGACACUGCCCGUGACGGCUCGUAGUUUGGAAACGCUGAUUCGUCUCGCCUCAGCACACGCGAAGGCGCGUCUGAGCAAGACGGUCGAAGCAAUCGACGCGGAGAAGGCCAUGGCCCUCGUCAGUUUCGCCCUGUACCACGACGCGACCGAGACCCACUCAAGCGAUGCACCGGUUUCAACGAGGCCAACGGAGACCCCGGAGAUGCCGGAGAUGGGCAGCGAGAAGGCUAUGGAGGAGAUGGCGAUCGAGGCUCCUGUCACACCGACGAAGCCUGCUGCGGCCGAGAAGUCCAGGAAACGAGACCGCACAUCUUGGAGUUCUGCUACGCUGGCGGACGACGUCCUCGCUGUGUUGGCCGAGAUGGGCAGCGACGCCAACAUGGACGAGGAGAACGACAGCCUCAAGCUGACGGACAUCCUGUCGCGGCUGAACGUCGGUCGCUCCAGAGCGGAAGCUGUGCCGCUCGCUGAUUUAGAAAAGGUCUUGGUGGAGCUGGAGGAGCAGAACAAGGUCAUGUACAUCCAGGACGGCGGCGACCCGAUGGUCAUGCUCAUUUAG